CGCGGGCGUCGCGUAUCCUUUUCUGGCGCUUUUGUGGGCGCCAACCGUUUCUUACCGCUGAUUACGUUCGCAAAGGACGUCAUGCGUGCUCUAGCGUGCUCGUCUCAACUGACGCAGAUUUGGGCGCUGACCCGAGUCUCAAUCAAAAAUACCCUUUCCGCAAGCGUGUCGAGCUUUGGUCUUUUUUGCCUCUUGCCACCACUCUCGCCACGCUCUCGUUCUAGCUGCAAUGUCCUCGUCGCCCAUCGAAUCAUCUCUCCUGGCCCGCUUGCGAGACCUGUACCCCGCUGAUGCAGAUGAUAAGACCUGGGCACUCGUCGCUGCAUGCGCUUUCAGCGCAGCGAAUCUCCCAGACGCAGUCCCACAGGUUUUCUCGUCCGCCGUCGAAGGUGAGUCGAGCCACGACAAGCGUCUUGCCUUCGCGCGCAAAUUGCGCGACGCGCUCUUCAAGACAGGCAUGCUCUGUGGCUACCCCAAGGGUAUCAACGCUCUUGCGAAAUUGCAUGCUUCAAUGCCAGCCGACUUGCAUGAUAGAGAACCCUUGAGAAACCUUUCGACUACCAGUGAGGAAUGGCAGAGCAUCGGCGAAGACCUCUUUGCGCAAACUUACGGCGAGAAGACCGCCGACGUCCGCAAACUUUUGUACGACAUCUAUCCUGACCUCGGUCAUUUCUGCAUGAACCCCGCCUACGGCUUCGUCUACGGUGGUGGCGGAGUGCUGACGUCCGCCGAAAUGUCCUUCACCUUCGUUGCUGCUCUUAUUGCGUCGGACGUCCCGACGCAGAUUGAUUGGCAUCUGCAGGGGGCGCGACGGCACGGGGCAAGUAUCGAGCAGGUGCGCGCCGUGCGCGAGAUCGCCAUAGAAGCCGCACGCGCUGCUGGAGUGUCUUGGAAGACCCCGGUGCCAGAGGUCUCAGAUUGA